UGGUGAAGGGAAGAGGGGGUGGGCGUGACUAUAUUUAAGAAGGGAUGAUACUAAAAGAAACGGCGAUUUCUUUCUUCGUAGCUUUUUUGACUCUUCUUCUUCUUUCUUCUUUUUUCUCUAAUUCCUUAUUCCAAUACUCUCUCUUUCUCAAACUCUUAUCUUCUUCUCCGAGUAAAACAAACAAUGAAAAGCAAAGAGAGAAAAGUUAAAUACACGGUACACCGGAAAAUCACUUCCUUACCGUUCAACGGUUUCCCAAAAACUGUGAAAAUCAUAGUCACUGAUCCAUGUGCUACUGAUUCUUCCAGCGACGACGAAGAAGAAUACGACAACAAAUCUCUACCUCCGAGAGUCAAACGUUUCGUGGAAGAGAUCAGGUUCUGUAACAACGACGACGGAGAUAAACCGGAGAGGAAGGUGAAGAGCAAGUCAGAGACGGCGGCGAAAGUUGUAGUGAAGCCAGUGGUGAAGUACAGAGGAGUAAGACAACGACCUUGGGGGAAAUACGCGGCGGAGAUUCGUGAUCCUUCGACACGUACUCGUCUCUGGCUUGGUACUUUCGCCACGGCGGAGGAAGCUGCUUUAGGUUACGACAGAGCAGCGAUUCGACUCAAGGGACAUAACGCUCAGACUAAUUUUCUCACUCCUCCUCCUCCACCUCCUCUUCCUCCGGUGAUUGAUCUUGAAACGGUGUCUGGUUGUGAUUCAGCGAAGGAAUCACAGAUCAGUAGUAGUCUAUGUUCUCCGACUUCUGUUCUCCGGUUUGGUCACUACGAAGAAACAGAGUUCAGAACAGAACCGAUGACAAAGCAGGAAGAAGCUUUAUUAUCAUCGGAUCCGUUUUUCUUGCCUGAUUUGUUUCGCUCCGGUGACUUUUUCUGGGAUUCCAAAUUUACCCCUGAUCCUCUGUUUCUUCUUGACGAAACAACCCAUAACAACCAAAACAACAACACAGUGUCUGAGAGUUUUCCGUUAGGAGUGAUCGGAGAUUUCAGCUCGUGGGACGUUGAUGAGUUUUUCCAAGAUCAUUUGUUCGAUAAGUAAGUUGAGGUCUUCCUCUGAAAAUUUUCUGGGUUUUUUUUUUUUGUGAGUGAUGGUGGUGGAUGAGUGAGUGGUUUGAUGAUAGCGACGGGGAUGCAUCUUAGCCGUCCGUUUUCCCCUUUCGUGGACGGCUUAAGAUCAACGGAAGAAGUGCAUCGGAAUAUUUUUAUUUUUUUGCUAUUAUGUAAUUUUGCGAGUAUAUAUAAAUAGUACUAGUAAUUAAUUAGAGUGAGAGUUAAAGAAGAUUUGUGAGAGUAAUUAGUAAUUAUUUAUUUAUUGUUAUUAGGGGGUUUUGAAUAUUUGGGAGGAUUUUGUUGUUUGGUUUUUUCUCUCAAGAGUCUGUCACUAUGCAAGGAAGCAGUAUAUAUAUAAGAUCGUAUAUUUAUGUGAAAUCUUUGUCUUU